UAUUUUAGCAUCAUCUAUCUCUUUUUUUUUUAAAACCACUCCCUUUUUCUUUAACAAAAAAAAAAAAAAAAAGACAAUAUGAGUGCUACCGUAUCUGCUUCAAAGGCCAAGCGUCUCGCCGCCAGAGCUGCCAAGUCCUCCAAGUCUGGAACACCUAAAGCAUCCGGAAAGAACACUCCUGCCGACUCUUCUGAUGUCGAAGGUGAGAUGGGUAACCUCAAGAUCAGUACUGAUCGUACUGCUACUGGUGUCUAUACUUCUCAAGAAAGAAGUAGAGAUAUUAAGAUUGAUUCCUACUCUCUUAAUUUCCAUGGUCGUGUCUUGAUUGAUAAUGCUUCCAUCGAACUCAAUUUUGGUAGACGUUAUGGUCUCAUUGGUUCUAACGGUUCUGGUAAGUCUACUUUCUUGGCCUCUCUUGCCGGUCGUGAUAUCGAAAUCCCUGACCACAUUGAUAUCUACCUCUUGAACCAAGAAGCUGAACCCUCUGAGUUCAAUGCUGUUGAGUCCGUCAUCAUGUCUGCCCAAAAGGAAGUUGCUCGUCUCGAAAAGCAAGUUGAAGAACUUUUGAGUGAAGAUGAUGGAGCUGAUAACCCAUUGUUGGACGAUAUUUAUGAACGUAUUGAACAAAUGGAUGCUGCUACCUUCGAAACCAGAGCCUGUACUCUCUUAUCCGGUUUAGGUUUCGAUCCUCUUCAAAUGAAGAAGAAGACCAGUGAUAUGUCCGGUGGUUGGAGAAUGAGAGUUGCUUUAGCUCGUGCUCUUUUCAUUAAGCCCACUCUUUUGCUUUUGGAUGAACCCACUAACCAUUUGGAUUUGGAAGCUACUGUCUGGCUCGAAGAAUACUUGAAGACCUAUGAUCGUAUUCUCAUCAUUGUUUCUCAUUCUCAAGAUUUCUUGAACGGUGUCUGUUCCAACAUGAUGCACUUGAACCACAAGCGUAAGCUUCUUUACUAUGGUGGUAACUACGAUACUUUCAUGAAGACUAAGGAAGAAAACGAAGUUAACCAAGCCAAGGCUUAUGCUAAACAACAAGAAGAAAUUGCUCACAUCAAGAAGUUCAUUGCUUCCGCUGGUACUUAUGCUAAUUUGGUCAGACAAGCCAAGUCCAAGCAAAAGAUUAUUGAUAAAAUGGAGGCUGCCGGUCUUAUCGAAAAGGUUGAAAACCCUUUGGCUUUCAAGUUCUCCUUCACUGAUGUUGCCAAGCUUCCUCCUCCCGUCCUUGCUUUCCAAGAUGUCUCUUUCGCUUGGGAUGGUAAGAUGGAGAACUGUCUUUACAGACAUCUCGAAUUGGGUAUUGAUAUGGAUUCCCGUAUUGCCCUUGUCGGUCCCAAUGGUGCUGGUAAGUCUACACUCCUUAAGUUGAUGGAUAACGAGCUUGUCCCUACUGGUGGUCGUAUUCAAAAGCAUACUGCCUUAAAGCUCGGUAAAUACUCUCAGCAUUCAAACGAUCAAUUGGAUAGCUCCGUCUCUGCUAUCGAUUACAUGCGUAACAAGUUCCCUCACGUCUCUACUGAUUUAACUCACUGGCGUCAACAAUUGGGUCGUUAUGGUUUAACUGGUUCUCAUCAAACCUCUUUGAUCAGCACCUUAUCCGAUGGUCUUAAGUCUCGUCUUGUGUUUGCUGAAUUAGCUGUGCUUCGUCCUCAUAUCAUCUUAUUGGAUGAACCUACUAAUCAUUUGGAUAUGGAGUCUAUUGAUUCUCUUGCCGAUGCUAUUAACCGUUUCUCUGGUGGUGUUGUCCUUGUUUCUCACGAUUUCCGUUUGAUCUCUCAAGUUGCAAAGGAAAUCUGGCGUUGUGAAGGUGGUCUUGUUCAACCUUUCCAAGGUUCUAUCAAUGCUUACAAGGAACAACUCAGAAAGGCUGUCAAGUUAUAAAUUGUUUUUUCUCUCUUUUUCGCGCACUCUAUAUUUUCUUUUCUUUUACAAACACACACACUCAAAACCCUUAUCCUUAUUUUAGAUGAUAAUAUAUACAUUAAACCUUUUUUUUUUCUACUUUUUGCUUUAUGAUUACGAGAAUGUUACUCCUUACCAUUUCAUAUAAAUAAAUAAACUAAAAACAAUAAAAAAAAAACAUUCCCC